AUGAAGGGCCUGAGCCGACUCGUCCACUCUCCCUUCGUCACCGACCGAAACCCUCGCGCACCUUCUCCACCGAAGGGAAGGCCGCGUCCGACCCGCGCCUCCUUCCCGGCCAAAGCCGCCGCCGCCGCUUCUCCUUCUGCCUCCCGAUACCCAUCUCUCUCCGCCCAGUAUGAGCCCGGUGAAAAGCCGGUGGUCGUCGUUGGGUCCGCCAAUGCCGACAUCUACGUGGAGGUGGACCGCUUGCCGGCUGUUGGGGAGACGAUCUCCGCUCGGACGGGGCAGACCCUCGCCGGCGGCAAGGGCGCCAACCAGGCCUGCUGCGGCGGCAAGCUCGCGCAUCCCACGUACUUCGUUGGCCAGGUCGGCGAAGACGCCCACGGGAGAUUGAUCGAGGAGGCGCUGGAGAGCGGCGGAGUUCUUCUCGGGCAUCUCACGCGGGUCCCCGCGGCGCCCACUGGACAUGCCGUGGUGAUGCUCCAGCCGGACGGGCAGAACUCCAUCAUCAUCGUCGGCGGCGCGAAUGUGAGCGGAUGGCCAGAAAGGCUGUCGGAGGAGGACCUGGAGGUGGUGAGGAAGGCGGGGGUACUGCUUCUGCAGAGAGAGAUCCCGGACCGGGUCAAUAUCCAGGUCGCCGAGGUACUUCUUACCCUACUUCCUUACGAUUCCCCUUUGACUUUCUCUGGGAUACAUCUGUUGGACAUUGCCGCGAUUCGAGGACGGGGCUGGUGGAUCCUUCCGGACUCGAUUAGUAGACAGAAAGUUUUGAUCGAAGAAAGUUUUUCUCUGCCGGUUUCAUUGUCUGGUGGCUUUUUAUAUUGACCUUAGGUUUCUCCAAAUCUUGAUGAUGUUCAAUGGCAAUUGGAUAAAGGCCCCGCUAUUCGUUGACCUCAAUUACGGCCAUUGAAAUUGAUUUAAAAUGGCUUCUAUAAUUCGCCUGGCGUUUGCAUCGGAGAUGUGCUGAUCAGCCCUGAUUACUCUGCUCCUGUAGUCAGAGGGCAUGAGGUCUAUCGAUUCUAUUUCAACCUUAGCUUUUCUUUUAAAGACUGAACGUUUCCAAUCUUCUUUUCUUCAUAAAUCUUCUUCUUUUUUUUUUCUCAUGCCAGUUUCAGUACUCUGCUCAUCUCUUGUUGCGUCAGUCCUGUUUAUCUCCUGUCUACUCCUCUCAGCUGUCCUGAAGUGAAGGAUGUCUUAACAACCAGGUAUAGGCAUCGUUGACCUAAGGUUUGAUGGCCGUCAGUUUAGUGCACAGCUGAAGGAUCAAUUUACUGAAGUAGGGGACUGACCUAUGCAGCCUCCUCCUAGGCUUCUUUUCCGACUUCAUUUCAUGCGUUUUCGGCUUAAUGAAUUCCCGAUACCUGGAUGGCACUGUUGCCAAGCCUAUGUCUGCUUGUGAGUGAUUUCGCUCGAUGCCUAGCCAGCCUCCUUCCAACAGAAAUGGGAAAAUAUCGAGAGACAGCCAUCGAGGAAGAUAAUAUCAUAAUGCCCUCAAGUAGAAAAGCGAUUUGAAAUGAUUAAGUACGCAAUAGCUGAAGAGGCUGGGGACAUUGAUGUGCCCAUUUGAUUGCAAUAAGAUAUUUUAGGGCUCAUCAAAACUGAUUCAUCACUGAAAAACACUAAGAGUAAAAUUGGCUACAUUUUGAAUGAUUUCAUGCCAAAAAAAACAACAGGGCACUGUAUAAAGCCCUUAGUUUAGUCUUUAUUUCUUAUGGCGUCAUAAUCCUCCAUCUGUGAUUCUUCGUCCUGUCUAAAUCUGAGACCUGAUUGUUUUCAGGCUGCGCAAGGUGCUGGCGUCCCAGUAAUUCUGGACGCUGGGGGGAUGGAGGGACCUAUUCCGCUGGAACUGCUAAAACUUGUGGAUAUAUUUAGCCCUAAUGAGACAGAGCUGGCAAGGUUGACUGGGCUGCCGACGGAGACCUUUGAGCAAAUAAGUCAGGCUGUCCGCAGGUGCCACGAAAUGGUAAAUAUGGACUUGAAUGGAAUAUCUUUGGACUUUUUCUGUGUCACACAUUGACUAGGCCGUCUUAACUGGUGCUAGGAGACACUGAAAGACUUAACUGUUGCCUUUUCUGUCCGGACAGCAUUUUUUUUUUUCAUGUAGAGUAGUAUUUCUGCAUACAAAAUUAACGCUUAUUUCAUUUUAUUUCAAAAAAUUGUAUCUCCUCAGACUACUCACCUUCAACACCCAUAAAUCUUUGUGACUUAUCGGAAGCUAUGUCUUCAGAAAAAUCGCAUAUAUCUUGAUAUCCUGUGGAAAAACCAGAGCAGGGGCAUCAAGAAACCAUAUCCCUCAAAAAAAUUCACGGUCCACAGCAUCAAUAAGCCAGGAGGAUCCCACAGAAUGCAAGAAAUUCUUGUAGAUCAAUCCAUUUUUUUUCAGCACAGUUACUCUCCCAGUUGUAGUUAUACAGUGAGUCUCUGAGAAUCUGACUGCAGCUGUGUUUUGCCCGAUUGAUGAUUCCAGGGCGUUAAGAAAGUCCUGGUGAAGCUUGGCUCGAAAGGCUCGGCUUUAUUUGUGGAAGGGAAAGAGCCGAUCAGGCAGCCCAUCAUUGAGGCUUCUAGGGUCCUUGAUACGACAGGCGCCGGCGACACCUUCACUGCCGCCUUUGGUGUGGCACUUGUGGAGGGAAAGACCAUGGAGGAAUGCCUAAGAUUCGCUGGUGCUAAACAUUUUUGUCCCCCCUAAAUAAUUUUCCUCCUAAAAGCAAACAACUCCCCUCCCCUCCUCCCCCCUCCACCCAUCUUCUAUUCCUUAUUUAUGAAUUGAUUUUGCUCCUCAACUGCAGCGGCAGCAGCCUCUCUUUGCAUUCAAGUGAAAGGGGCCAUCCCCAGUAUGCCGGAGAGGAGCGCAGUCACAAAGCUUCUUCAGUCUCCCUGA